AUGUUGAUACAUGCGAAGAUAUGGUUUUAUGAGAGUUUGCACAAACUCAGGCAGAGAAUAUAUCCAUUUGUUGAGCUUUCGAUGUCAGGUUUAUUGGUGGCUUUUCUACUAGUAAACAAAGCGUGCGGCUCGAGAAGCUAUAAAGACUCUACUCUCGAAGUAGGUGGGGCCCACGAGCAUGUGAUGUCGAGAGAAGUGAAUCGUGCACUCGAGGAUAAGGAAAAUACGAAGUUUGAUCCGAAUCAGACGAGCAAACGACAGGUCAAACGAGGAUCUGACCCAAUCCACAACCGAAGUUGA